CCGCCCUCCCGUCCCUCCCCUGGUCCGGAGACCGCGCGGCCCCCGCCGGGGACGUAAAAGCUCUUCACGUCUGCAAUAAAAAAAAAUGGCCUCCAAUAAAACUACAUUGCACAAAAUGGGAAAGAAGCAGAAUGGCAAGAGUAAAAAAGUUGAAGAGGCAGAGCCUGAAGAGUUUGUGGUGGAGAAAGUCUUGGACCGCCGUGUAGUCAACGGGAAAGUUGAAUACUUCUUGAAAUGGAAGGGAUUUACAGAUGCUGACAACACAUGGGAGCCUGAAGAAAACUUGGAUUGUCCAGAAUUGAUUGAAGCAUUUCUUAAUUCACAAAAAGCUGGUAAAGAAAAAACAGAUGGUGCCAAAAGAAAGUCUUUAUCUGACAGUGAGUCUGAGGACAGCAAGUCAAAGAAAAAAAGGGAAUCUGUUGACAAACCCAGAGGUUUUGCUCGAGGCCUCGAUCCUGAGCGAAUAAUUGGUGCCACAGAUAGCAGCGGGGAAUUAAUGUUUCUUAUGAAGUGGAAAGAUUCAGACGAGGCUGACUUGGUGCUGGCAAAAGAAGCAAACAUGAAGUGUCCUCAGAUAGUAAUCGCUUUUUAUGAAGAGAGACUAACUUGGCAUUCGUGUCCAGAAGAUGAAGCACAAUAAUUGUUUGCAUUGCUUUUUUUUAUAUAUAUAUAUAAAUCUGAACCUUGAUAUUAUUCUUUGAUUUAUUAGCAAUGUGAGAAACCUACAUUCUAAUGAGAGUUGAGUUUGAUAUGUUCGUUUCGAAGUAGUAUGGUUUUUUUUUUCCAUUUUUAUUUUUUGCAUCAACAGCACAGGUAACUUUGAGCAAGUAAAUAAGAGCUUCUGCAGUUGCUUCAUUUAUCACGGAAGAGAGCAUUUGAUACUAUGGAAUUGUUACUUCCUCCACAUUAGAGAAAGGCUUUUAUAAACCUUGAUUUAAAAAAACUUACAUAGUCAUUACUGAAACCUAACGAAUGUUUAAACAAACUCACAGAUGUUUUGUAGUCUUCUAUACUAUUGAUGUGCAUGUUUUUUCUUCUUUACCCCAACCCACCUCCUUAAACAUGUAGAAUCAGUCCUUUUAGUAUUUGGGUUACUUGGUUCUGCAGGGGCCAGGCAGAAGCAACAACUUUGUAGUAAUUGGAAUGUUAUACAACUGUAUAUUGUUUACUUUAUUGUAAAUACUGGUGAGCAGUGGUCAAUAAAUAGUUUUAUAUUCUUCCUUUA